AUGUAUGUUCUUUACCGCAUUCUCUCUCUCUCGCCCUGCCGCAUUCGCUCACUCUCGCUCUUCCGCAUUCUCUCUCUCUCUCUCUCUCUCUCUCUCUCUCUCUCUCUCUCUCUCUCUCUCUCUCUCUCUCUCUCUCUCUCUCUCUCUCUCCCUCUCUCUCUCUCGCUCUGCCGCAUUCUCUCUCUCGCCCUACCGCAUUCUCUCUCUUGCCCUGCCGCAUUCUCUCUCUCUCUCUCUCUCUCUCUCUCUCUCUCUCUCUCUCUCUCUCUCUCUCUCUCUCUCUCUCUCUCUCUCUCUCUCUCUCUCUCUCUCUCUCUCUCGCGCGCGCUUUGCCGCAUUCUCUCUCACGCCCUGCCGCAUUCUCUCUCUCUCUCUCUCUCUCUCUCUCUCUCUCUCUCUCUCUCUCUCUCUCUCUCUCUCUCUCUCUCUCUCUCUCUCUCUCUCUCUCUGUCGCUCUGCCGCAUUCGCUCUCUCUCGCUCUUCCGCAUUCUCUCUCUCUCGCUCUGCCGCAUUUUCUCUCUUGCCCUGCCGCAUUCUCUCUCUCUCUCUCUCCCUCUCUCUCUCUCUCUCUCUUUCUCUCUCUCUCUCUCUCUGUCUCUGUCUCUCUCUCUCUCUCUCUCUCUCUCUCUCUCUCUCUCUCGCUCUCUCUCUCUCUCUCUCUCUCUCUCUCUCUCUCUCUCUCUCUCUCUCUCUCUCUCUCUCUCUCUCUCUCUCUCUCUCUCUCUCUCUCUCUCUCUCUCUCUCUCUCUCUCUCUCGUGCGCGCGCGCGCGCGCGCUCUGCCGCAUUCUUUCUCACGCCUUGCCGCAUUCUCUCUCUCGCUCUGCCGCAUUCGCUCACUCUCGCUCUUCCGCAUUCUCUCUCACUCUUGCUCUGCCGCAUUCUCUCUCUCUCGCCCUGCCGCAUUCGCUCACUCUCGCUCUUCCGCAUUCUCUCUCUCUCUCUCUCUCUCUGCCGCAUUCUCUCUCUCUCGCCUUGCCACAUUCUCUCUCUCUCGCCCUGCCGCAUUCUCUCUAUCUCUCUCGCGCGCUCACGCGUUCUGCCGCAUUCUCUCUCACGCCCUGCCGCAUUCUCUCUCUCGCUCUGCCGCAUUCGCUCACUCUCGCUCUUCCGCAUUCUCUCUCACUCUCGCUCUGCCGCAUUCUCUCUCUCGCCCUGCCGCAUUCGCUCACUCUCGCUCUUCCGCAUUCUCUCUCUCUCUCGCUCUGCCGCAUUCUCUCUCUCGCCCUGCCGCAUUCUCUCUCUCUCUCUCUCUCUCUCUCUCUCUCUCUCUCUCUCUCUCUCUCUCUCUCUCUCUCUCUCUCUCUCUCUCUCUCUCUCUCUCUCUCUCGCGCGCGCGCGCUCUGCCGCAUUCUCUCUCACGCCCUGCCGCAUUCUCUCUCUUGCUCUGCCGCAUUCGCUCACUCUCGCUCUUCCGCAUUCUCUCUCACUCUCGCUCUGCCGCAUUCUCUCUCUCGCCCUGCCGCAUUCGCUCACUCUCGCUCUUCCGCAUUCUCUCUCUCUCUCGCUCUGCCGCAUUCUCUCUCUCGCCCUGCCGCAUUCUCUCUCUCGCCCUGCCACAUUCUCUCUCUCUCUCUCUCUCUCUCUCUCUCUCUCUCUCUCUCUCUCUCUCUCUCUCUCUCUCUCUCUCUCUCUCUCUCUCUCGUGCGCGCGCGCGCGCUCGCUCUGCCGCAUUCUCUCUCACGCCCUGCCGCAUUCUCUCUCUCGCUCUGCCGCAUUCGCUCACUCUCGCUCAUCCGCAUUCUCUCUCACUCUCUCUCUGCCGCAUUCUCUCUCUCGCCCUGCCGCAUUCGCUCACUCUCGCUCUUCCGCAUUCUCUCUCUCUCGCUCUGCCGCAUUCUCUCUCUCACCCUGCCGCAUUCUCUCUCUCACCCUGCCGCAUUCUCUUCAGUCCCUCUCUGACCCAUUCCCUCCUCCUUUGCCACGUUCACUCACGCUCUGCCCCAUUCACUCCCUCUCUGCCCCAUUCACUCCCUCUCUGCCCCAUUCACUCACGCUCUGCCCCAUUCACUCCCUCUCUUCCCCAUUCACUCACGCUCUGCCCCAUUCACUCCCUCUCUGCCCCAUUCACUCACGCUCUGCCCCAUUCACUCCCUCUCUGCCCCAUUCACUCACGCUCUGCCCCAUUCACUCCCUCUCUGCUCCAUUCACUCACGCUCUGCCCCAUUCACUCCCUCUCUGCCCCAUUCACUCCCUCUCUGCCCCAUUCACUCACGCUCUGCCCCAUUCACUCCCUCUCUUCCCCAUUCACUCACGCUCUGCCCCAUUCACUCCCUCUCUGCCCCAUUCACUCACGCUCUGCCCCAUUCACUCCCUCUCUGCCCCAUUCACUCACGCUCUGCCCCAUUCACUCCCUCUCUGCCCCAUUCACUCACGCUCUGCCCCAUUCACUCCCUCUCUGCCCCAUUCACUCACGCUCUGCCCCAUUCACUCCCUCUCUGCCCCAUUCAUUCAGAUGA